CCGAGCCCCGGAAGUGGGAGCUGUGUGUUCUCAUGCGAACGGGAAGGAGCGUUGGGGCGCCGGAGUCGCGAGGUUGAGACAUUUUCGGGCCCGAAACGGGAAGGAGCCGCCGCCGCCCGCCGCCAGCCCGCGCCGCGCCGUCCCCGCCGCUCGUCCGGGCCGGCCGCGCCCUCCCCGCCCCUCCCUCUCGGCCCCGUCCGCGUGUGGCGCGGUCGCCGGGCACCGGGGCUGCGGCGGUCGGCGGCCGGGCGGCGGCGGCGCUGCUGACAGCAUCCUUCGCUGGCCACUCAGCUUCUCCCAGUGCGGCCACCAAGUAAACAGCUCAUGACUUCUGAUCAGGACACUAAGGUCGUGGCUGAACCGCAGGGCCAGCGAGUCCAGGAAGGGAAAGACAGCGCUCAUCUGAUGAAUGGUCCCAUAUCUCAAACCACUUCUCAGACAAGCUCCAUCCCAGCUUUGAGUCAGGUACCGACAGCCAAAGUUUCAGAGCUAAACCCUAAUGCUAAAGUGUGGGGGACCCCCGUGCUGCAUUUGGAAGCAGGCAAUGCGGCGGAUGGCGGUGUGAGCGCAAACUGGGAGGAGCCGGCGGGGCCUUGCACAGCCUGCGGCGCGGAGGGAUUGGAUGCCAAUGGUGAUGGUGACAAAGGCCAUGAGAGUGUGGCGCUGUCAGAUUUGCAGGAGCCAGAGCAACCAGCUGUGAGUGCGUCGGCUCUGGAUCGUUCAGAAUAUGAAUCUCCGCCAGAAAACAGCGAGACUGGAGGAAAUGAGUCUCAACCGGAAACCCAGGAGGACCCCCGAGAAGUACUUAAAAAGACAUUGGAAUUCUGCUUGUCUAGGGAGAACCUUGCUAGUGACAUGUACCUUAUAUCGCAGAUGGACAGUGAUCAGUACGUGCCAAUCACCACGGUAGCGAAUCUGGACCAUGUCAAGAAGCUCAGUACGGACAUGAACUUGAUUGUUGAAGUGCUGAGGUCUUUACCUUUAGUCCAAGUGGACGAGAAGGGAGAAAAAGUAAGGCCAAACCAGAACCGCUGCAUCGUGAUUUUGCGUGAAAUCUCCGAGUCCACCCCUGUGGAAGAAGUAGAAGCACUAUUUAAAGGAGACAAUUUACCGAAAUUUAUAAACUGUGAAUUUGCCUAUAAUGAUAAUUGGUUUAUUACGUUUGAGACGGAAGCUGAUGCCCAGCAGGCUUACAAAUACCUUCGAGAAGAAGUCAAGACUUUUCAAGGAAAACCAAUUAAGGCACGGAUAAAAGCAAAGGCAAUAGCUAUAAACACAUUUUUGCCAAAGAAUGGAUUUAGACCCCUGGACAUGAGCCUUUACACACAGCAGCGCUACACAGCCUCCUUUUACUUACCUCCGGUCUACAGCCCCCAGCAGCAGCUCCCUCUGUACAGCCUGAUCGCCCCCCAGGCGUGGUCGGCCACACACAGCUAUCUUGAUCCACCCCUGGUAACUCCGUUUCCAAAUACUGGAUUUAUAAAUGGGUUUACGUCUCCAACCUUCAAACCUGCAGCGUCUCCUCUGACUUCGCUCAGACAGUACCCUCCAAGAAGCAGGAAUCCUAGCAAAUCUCAUCUACGCCAUGCCAUUCCCAGUGCAGAGAGAGGACCUGGGCUGUUAGAAAGCCCUUCGAUAUUUAACUUCACUGCAGACCGGCUAAUUAACGGUGUCCGGAGCCCACAGACACGGCAGACAGGUCCGCCUAGAACACGGAUACAGAACCCUCCUGCCUACACCAAGAGGGAGGUUGGGUCUGGUCGUGUGGAGCAGAGCAGCGCGGAAUCUCCCCCUGGUUUAGGGAGAGGGAGGAAGAAUUCCUUUGGUUACCGGAAGAAACGGGAGGAGAAGCUGACAAGGAGUCAAACUCAGUCUCCGACGCCACCGAGGCCCCCAUCCCCGAGCUUUGAGUUAGGACUGUCCAACUUUCCUCCGCUGCCUGGAGCCGCAGGCCACCUGAAGACUGAGGACCUGUUUGAAAACAGGCUGUCUAGCUUCUUAAUAGGAUCAUCAAAAGAAAGGGGCCUGAAUGCGGACGCAAGCACGAACACGCUCCCUGCGGUGAGCCCCAGAGAGCCCUUAGCCCCGGCUGCCUGCACGCUGUCUGCAGCCUGCGGGCGCUCCCCCUCCCCCGCCCACCCGCCUGAGGAUCCCAAGGUGGUGGAGAAGCAGAGGGAGACCUCGAAUGUGGACAGACUUCCUUCUGCCCUCACUACGACAGCGAGUAAAUCGGUGCAAGUGAAUGGCGCUGCCACGGAACUGCGAAAACCCAGCUACGCGGAAAUCUGUCAGAGGACGAGUAGAGAGCCUCCGUCUUCCCCGUUGCAGCCCCCGAGAGAACAGAAGCCAAACGCCGUCGCUUGUGGGAAGGAAGAAAAGAAGCUUGCCGAGAGAGAGCCCCCUGCCCCCAAGUCCAACCCGGGACCACCCAAAGACCAGAGGAGGCCGCCGGGCCGCCGGCCCUCGCCCCCGGCGGCCGGGAAGCGUCCACACAGAGAGCAGAGCACUCCUCCUAAGUCCCCUCAGUGAGCGCCGAGGUCUGGGAGGGCUGUGAGGAACUGAGGUCGCCACAGCUCAGCACUGUCCUGCGCGGGGCCGAGAGUGAGCCGCUGGUUAGGAGCUUGCAGCGUAGAUGGGCCGGUGAGGUGCCUGCAAGUGGUGUUUCUUCCGUGAGUCGGAUUUUCCCCCCUCUUGAAAAAAAUCUAUUUUUCAGGAUUUAAUUAAUAUAAACCUUAUUUUAGGUUGGUGCUUAACUGGAGGUGAUGCAUAAGUCUGAUUUUUUUCAGGAUAGAAAAUGCAUUUAUCCUAACAAAUUGAUAUUUUUAUUAAGCCUCCAUGUGGCUAUGAAUGCAAGCUAUAUAUAGUGAGUUUUUCUAAAUUAAGCGGAACUAUGCUACUUCAUUUUUUUAAAAUAACUGGUUAGCAAGUGCAUAUCUCUGAGAUGUCCAGACUGACGGGUGGGCUGAGGAUGGUCAGGAUUGAGGGUGGAGGCGACACGGGCAGUGUGGCCUGGAGAAGGGAUGGGGUCAGGUGGUGCCCUUGCUGGCAUGGGAGUUGUACUGCAUUCAGAAUCUUAGCAAGUGACGCUAGCAGUUGUUUGGGUUGGGUUUUUUUUUGUUUUGUUUUUUUUUUUUUUUUUUUUUUUUUUUUAAGUAUAGCCUGUUUUUGAUCUACUGGGCAAGAUGCACCCAAGAGAGCCCUGAAACCGUGAGUUUUUAUGUGCUGCAAGCAAGUAACCAGCCUCUCAAUCCAGACUCCGUGGCUGUUAUGUAAGAUAGAGUCAAAGCACAUUGUGAAUAGAACCUACAUAAAAAAAACGUAAACCUGGUUGGCCACCGACGCGUCACCGUGAAAUUGUACCCUGAUGUGGUCUUGGUCCUGAGAGCUGGCCCGGGGGGCGUGGCUGCCGCGGCUCCCCCGCCUUAGCCAGCUCUGCGGGAGCCUCCCGUACCUCUGUGUUGGCACGCAGUGGAAGUGUUACUUAAGUCGUGAGAGAGGUGUGUGCGGUGCCCGUGGCAAUGGGGCCGACAGUCCCCUCGGAGACGAGGGUCUCACCGACUCCCUUCCGGAAGUGCUGCACUCUAACACGCAUGCACUAGCGCUAGCAGUGGGUAAUAAAGUUCAAUAUAAAUUAUUUUCUUUUAAGAUGCCUAAAUUCUUUCUUUAAGUAUUCUAAGCAGCAGACUUAAGAUAUUUCCUGCUAAAUGUAACCAUACAGUUUAUUCCACAAAAUGUUAUUUAACAACACUGAGGGUUUUUUUAAAAAAAUUAUUUCCAUCCAAUAUUUAAAGACUUGAAUUUUAUUUAAACUUGAAAAUGACUUUGCCUUAACUUUUGUAGAAGACAGCUUAGAGUUGGCGGAGACCGGCCCCUAGGUGGGCGAGUGGGCUCUAGAGCCGCUCAGCCACGGGGGCCGCCACCAGGGUGUCUGAGUGAGCGCUCCGUAGUGCGGGAGCUGGGCCGGCAGCGGUGUCCGGGACGGACCCUGAAGAUCUGCAGCAGUUGACCUUUCUCAGAUUGUUGAGAAAUCCUGUAAAUGCAAAUAGUCGAUACUGUAUUAAAUAUGUGCACUUGGGAGUGUGUGCUUUGCUUGUACAGUUGUAAAUAAUGAGAACAUAUUAAAAAGGUACCCUAAAGAGAAAAAUCUGAUAAAAAUUAUUGAUAUAUUAUAAAUGUUGCUAUUGAGCUGGAUGUAGAUAAAACUAAAUGUUGUGGUUUGAAUAUUAUUUUAAUUUGUUGAGGUGUUUUUCUUUUUCUCUUAUGCUGGUGUGUUGGACUGAUUCUCCUCUUUGCUGCUGCAGAAGGGAAACGGAAAGUCCUGUUAAAGCCUUCUGACGUCUUCAUGCUCUUCUUAAAAGUCUGUAAAUAUGUACUAAUCAUAGCUAAUGUGAAAGCGUGAUGUAGGAAGCAGAAACUGGGAGGAUCUUCAGGAGAACGUAAAAGAUAAUCUACUUAAAAUCACAGAUAGCUGUGCGCGAUUCGCCCUGCCAGAGGAGAACGCCCUGGUGCGCUUGACCGUGUCCUUCAGAGAAACUGCCAGUACUCAGAUUUUACCUAGAAAAACGCAGUGCUAGGAUGUUGCAGAUGCCUGUAAAAGGAACAUGGGGAUUCAUUUUUUUUUUUUAAUAGUUGAGGGAUUGUGGACUUAAAAAAUCAGGAAGAUCUGACCGGACACCCCAGCUGAUGAGUACUGUGAGAACAGUUGGAAAGGCCAGCCCCAGGAGGUCCGCGCGGUGUGGUCUUGGCUGGAGGAGGGAGCGGAUGCCGUCAGCCUUCGUCAUCCCCAAGCCACAGACCUGUGAGGCCUGUGGGGCUGAGAUGCUGGUUUCCAGGAGCGACGCGUUGUCGUCCCCCCCCCCCCCCGCCCCCCACCUCAUCAGCGGGAGUGUGAGUGUGUGCCGGAGCCGGCUGCUGCCCACGGGAUGGAGGGGGUCGCUCCUGACGGCGGCGGGUCCCGCUGUGCCCGUGUCCGCACCUCAUUGCAGCUCCUGUCCCCGUGGCCAGAGUCUGCCGCAUCCAGAUUUGCAACCUCGCCUUGGUGUGAUUUUUAUAGCACCCUUUUUAAUUAAGCAAACAUGAUAUGCCAAAUAGCUAUAUUAUGUCAAAAAAAGCCCACCUUUCUGAGAUCCCUGUAAGAUCUUCCACUCACAGAAGAGGAGGAGGGGAGCCGUCACAGGAGGAGGCUGGGACGCAGCCCGGGGUCGGCAGCCCUGGCGCAAGCAGCCGGCAGUCUGAGGCUUUUUCCGUUUUCAGAGACGUCACUCUUUCCUUUCCUCAGCAGUACCUCAGGGCGUAGAGUCAGAGAUACAGCAGUCACAGGUGGCAUUUUAACUUGUGAGAUUGUGUGAGGAUACUUCUAACUUGGAGACAGAGGGAUGAGAAUCUGGCCCCAUUUCACCAGACAUGAAUUUCAAGUAGAGUAGUUGCUUUUUAAGAGUUUGUGUCCCGAUGUUCCUGGUCUGGCCCUCCGGUCCUCGCAUCACUGAUUGUCACUAGCGGGUGGCAGGGAACGUUUCCUGUUGCUGGAUUAGCCAGGAGCACACGGUUUACAUUUAAACACCGGCUCCGUUUGUUCCGAUGGCAGCGGGCAAGGAAGGUGCGCGUCCGUGCGCCUGCCGCCUGCGAGCUGCAGUCGGGCUAUUGUGCGCUUCGUGGCCUGUCACCCGGGGCGCAGCAGACAAUCCAAGUCAGGAGCAGAGCGGGAUGUGAUACGGAAGCUUUCUUGAGGGCUUUUGUUUUUGUUCUACUUAUUUUCAUUAAGACUGGAAUCAAGCUUACGUGUAAACUAUUGGUAAUUUAAGUUUCCUUUUGUGUCAUUCGGUGUAAAACUGUCUUAAUUUGAAAAUGUAGGUUAUGAAAAAUAAAGAUUUAGGCACUGUUCAA